UAACCCGGGUGUCUAUGUCCAAGCUGCCAUGGAGUGAACAAACACCGAGGGGGGUUAUUUGUUCCCAUCAGAGUCCCCGCAUCCCCAGCAGCCAGUCCCUGCGACGUCGGGCCCCGGCUGCGUUCGGAAGCAAAGCUGGGCGGGGCCGGGAGUCUUUCCUGCGGAGGAAGAAGCUGAGGCGGGAGCGGGGACCCGGUGGCCUUUGCUCUGGGCCGGGAGGCCCAUGGCGCCGCCCCCAGCCCCGCUACAGGCGCUGAGACCCGGGCAGAGGCGGCCGGGUUGCAAGCAGCCCGCGGCCGUGAGGUUCGCGGACGUGGCCGUGUACUUCUCCCUGGAGGAGUGGGGGAGUCUGCGGCCCGCGCAGAGGGCCCUGUACCGGGACGUGAUGCGGGAGAACUACGGCCACCUGGGCGCGCUCGGAUUCCCAGGCCCCAAACCAGCCCUCAUCUCUUGGAUGGAACAGGAGAGUGAGGCUUGGAGCCCCGCCGCCCAGGAUCCUGAGGAGGGGGAAAGCCUGGGAGGAGCUCUGAGAGGAGAUGGUCCAGACAAGAAGGAAGAACCCCAGGAAGAGCCAGGAGCCCAUGGGACCAGAAAGACUCCUGAGAAGGAGCCGUCUGAAGACCUGGUUAAAGACAACCCUGACUCGCCAGCCAGCCGGGCCAUGGCGAGAGCACAGCCACCGCUGAAGGCGGCCUGGGACCAGGGCGCAGGGGAUGCGCAGGCGAGCCAGCGGCGCCACGUGUGUGCAGACUGUGGCCGCCGCUUCACCUACCCAUCGCUGCUGGUCAGCCACCGGCGCAUGCACUCUGGGGAGCGGCCCUUCCCCUGCCCCGAGUGCGGCAUGCGCUUCAAGAGAAAGUUCGCCGUGGAAGCACACCAGUGGAUCCACCGCUCCUGCUCUGGGGGGCGGCGAGGCCGGCGGCCUGGGAUCAGGGCUGUGCCUCGGGCACCUGUGCGGGGUGACCGGGACCCGCCUGUCCUGUUCCGGCACUACCCCGACAUCUUCGAGGAGUGCGGCUGAGCACUCUUCCCACGCUGGGAUAGAGCCUGCCUAGGUGCUAGGCACUGACUGGGCCCUGAGGUAGGCAACUGAGUCAGGGGCUUGGGAACCAGAAGUCAUCCCCUGGACUUCCCUCAAGGAUCCCACAAGUUUCUAAACUUGUGAAAAAGAAAAGUGCCUGUAAAAAUUAAAAUAGAUUAAACUUGACACCUUUCUCCCACUUUAAAAAAAAUGAGUGAGAUGCUAGACUUUUCUCAGUUGUUAUCUCAGUAACAGGUGCAACCAAGAUCUUUCCACUGUCUCAAAAAAAAAAAAAAAAAUCCCCUUGCUUCUUAUUUACAUGAGAGGCAAAUGCUGAGGGGGGCUAAGGCCUGGGGAGGGAUCCCGGAUGGAGGCCAUGGAAGGUCCUAGCAAACUGACACCAGCAAGGAGUUCUGGAAGAGAAAUGGGUGGCCAGAAGCAGGGGGCAGAUCUAGUCUGGGGCUUGCCCCACCCCACGGCCGGUAACCAUACUCCCUCCCUAAGCCUCAACUCCUCAACUAUAAAAUGAGGCUUAAUAAUAUCUACCUCAAAGGAAAGAGUUACUGUGCAGACUGAAAUUUUAACAUGUGUGAUAUAGUAAAAGUGCAAUAAACUUUUGU